AUGGUUGAAAUUCCACGUCUUCCUUUCUGUUGCUUUGUUGUUCCCCUCCGAAUUGGCGCAUUCGUUAUUGCCGCAUUUAUGUUCUUCUGGAAUGCUUAUGCUGGUAUUACAACAAUGUUGACAACUUAUGGCAGUAAUUUAAGCAUACUUUGGAAAGUAAUGGGAGGCUUAUAUCUAUUAGUCGCAGCUGGUGCUUUCUACGGCGCUCACGCAAUUUACCAUGAAAUUCCAGAAAGAGUUGCCAAAUUCGUGAAAAUCUAUAUCGCUAGCAUCAUCACUUACUUUGUUGUCAGCAUCGCAUUCGUUAUUGCCGUUAGUUUGGCUGUGGCUUCAGUACAAAAUAGCGCUGUGAAAGCUUGUGAAGAUGCGAAGGCUCAAGCUCCAACUCAAGAGCAGAGUCAAAUUAAUUGUAACACAGGCUAUACCGGUUUUCCGAUUGUUGGAUGGUUGUUCCAAUUUCUGUUUGCUUUGGCUUUCGAGAUCUACUUUGCGAUCUGCAUUCGCUCAUACAGCUUGGAAUUACAAGAAAGCGACGAAAAAAGACCCAACGAAAUGAUGCAUGCAUAA